AUGGCCUAUGACCGCUUUGUUGCCAUCUGCAGACCCCUGCACUAUGGGACCCUCCUGGGCAGCAGAGCUUGUGUCCAAAUGGCAGCAGCUGCCUGGGUCAGUGGGUUUAUCAAUGCUCUCCUGCACACUGCUAACACAUUUUCAAUACCACUCUGCCAAGGCAACGCUGUGGACCAGUUCUUCUGUGAAAUCCCCCAGAUCCUCAGGCUCUCCUGCUCAGACUCCUACCUCAGGGAAGCUGGGGUUAUUGUAGUUAGUCUUUGUUUAAUCUUUGGAUGUUUUGUUUUCAUUGUGCUGUCCUACGUGCGGAUCUUCACUGCUGUGCUGAGGAUCACCUCUGAGCAGGGCCGGCACAAAGCCUUUUCCAUGUGCCUCCCGCACCUGGCCGUGGUCUCCCUGUUUGUCAGCACUGUCAUGAUUGCCUACCUGAAGCCCCCCUCCCUCUCCUCACCAGUUCUGGAUCUGGUGGUGGCUGUUCUGUACUCGGUGGUGCCUCCAACAAUGAACCCUCUCAUCUAUAGCAUGAGGAACAAGGAGCUCCAAGAUGCCCUGAGGAAAGUGAUUUCAUGGACAUUUUUCAGCAGUGGUAAAACUGCCAUUUCUCUCCACAGAUAA